AUGUUUCCCACACAUCUUUGCCCUCUAAAGCCCCGCUGUAUCCCCAUGCUCUCAGCGCUGCACCCAACCUCCAACCUCACAGAGCCAGAAGGAGAUUUGUUGAUGGAUGUUGAAGGCUGCAGCGGUCCCACAGCAAUUAACUCUUCUCCUGCUCGAAUCGGCCUGCCUGGGUCGCUCGGCUCCUACGGCCCCGACGCCGUAGGAGAAACGUGUACUGUACCGGUCACGCUCUACUUUAGAUCAUUAAACUGA